CCUCCCUUCUGGCGAGCUGCGCGGGUCGCUCCCCCCUCCCUCCCUCGCUCGCUUCGACUUCCUCGCGCCUUCGCGUCCACCAACUGGCCGCCCUCCCGACUCCCGAGCCGCACGCGGCCGCCGCAACAGCAGCGCCAAUGGAGGCCCCGAGCAGCCACGUCACUGCCUCCUUCUCCGACUGCGACGACAGCGUCUCCAUGGGGGACGCGGCGCCGGACGCGGACGUGGAGGCGCUCCGCCGCCUCUCCGACAACCUCGCCGCCGCCUUCCGCUCGCCGGACGACUUCGCCUUCCUCGCCGACGCGCUCGUCGCCGUGCCGGGCGCGCCCGACCUGCGCGUGCACCGCUGCGUGCUGUCCGCGCGGAGCCCCUUCCUGCGCGCCCUCUUCAAGCGCCGCGCCGCCGCCGCCGCCGCUACCGGUUCGUCCGGCGGCGCCGAGGGCAACCGGGUGGAGCUCCGGGAGCUUCUCGGCGAGGAGGUGGAGGUCGGGUACGAGGCGCUGGAGCUGGUGCUCGACUACCUGUACAGCGGCCGCGUCCGCGACCUCCCCAAGUCGGCGUGCGCCUGCGUCGACGUCGACGGAUGCGCCCACGUCGGCUGCCACCCCGCCGUCUCCUUCAUGGCGCAGGUCCUCUUCGCCGCAUCCACCUUCCAGGUCGGCGAGCUCGCCAGCCUCUUCCAGCGGCAUCUCCUUGAUUUCCUUGAUAAAGUUGAAGUGGAUAACCUUCCAUUGGUCUUAUCUGUUGCAAACUUAUGCAACAAAUCUUGCGUCAAACUGUUCGAGAGAUGCCUGGAGAUGGUAGUCCAGUCAGAUCUUGACAUGAUUACUCUAGAGAAAGCAUUGCCUCAAGAUGUUAUCAAGCAAAUUACUGAUUCACGGAUAACUCUUGGAUUAGCUUCACCCGAAGACAAUGGCUUUCCUAACAAACACGUAAGAAGGAUACUCAGAGCACUUGAUUCUGAUGAUGUGGAGCUUGUCAGGAUGCUGCUCACAGAAGGGCAGACUAACCUUGAUGAUGCAUUUGCAUUGCACUAUGCUGUAGAACACUGUGACUCAAAAAUUACAACAGAACUUCUGGACAUCGCACUUGCGGAUGUUAAUCUCAGAAACCCAAGAGGUUAUACUGUUCUUCACAUCGCCGCUAAGCGGAGAGAUCCUAAAAUCGUUGUCUCCCUUUUAACCAAAGGUGCCCGGCCUUCGGAUUUAACAUUUGAUGGAAGAAAAGCAGUUCAAAUCUCAAAGAGACUCACAAAACAUGGGGAUUAUUUUGGGAAUACUGAAGAAGGAAAGCCGUCUCCCAAUGAUAAAUUAUGCAUUGAGAUAUUGGAGCAAGCUGAAAGAAGGGCACAAUUUGGAGAAGCAUCGGUUUCUCUUGCAUUGGCUGGUGACUGUCUUCGUGGGAUGUUACUGUACCUUGAAAACCGAGUUGCUUUGGCAAGGAUAAUGUUUCCAAUUGAGGCAAGAGUAGCAAUGGACAUUGCUCGUGAUGGUACUUUGGAAUUUACCCUUGGUUAUGGUACAAAUCCACCUCUGGAGAUAACAACCGUUGAUCUAAAUGAUACUUCUUUCAAAAUGAAGGAGGAACACUUAGCUCGGAUGAGAGCCUCUCUCAAAACAGUGGAACUCGGCAAACGUUUCUUCCCGCGCUGUUCAAAUGUGCUGGACAAGAUCAUGGACGAUGAACCUGAGCUGGCUUCGCUCGGAACAGAUGCAUGCUCCGAGAGGAAGAGGAGGUUUCACGACCUGCAAGAUACGCUUCUGAAGGCGUUCAGCGAGGACAAGGAGGAGUUUAACAGAACGACAACCCUUUCAUCUUCGUCAUCGUCGACGUCUACUGUAGCAAGGAACUUGGCAGGUCGAACUAGGAGAUGAGCACCCUGGCCAAUUCUUGCCAUAUUGAUAGCUGAUUCUUUUUCUGUCUGAAACUGCUCGCCAGAUCUUUCUUUUCUAUUUAGCGAGUACUAGUAGUGUAGCAUCAUCGUCAGAUAUGAUGAAGCUGUUGGCUUUGGCCCCUGGAAAUCGCUUAGUAAUGCUCUUUUUUGCUUGUAUAGUAACAGUUGUUCAUACAGUAUUUUGUUGAUGGAGCAAAUGGAUCCAUGUAGUAGCA